AUAGUGCACACACAGAUGUUUUAGAAAGUAGAUAGUUGCCUCCUCGAGUGUCCACCAUGAAGUCUUACUACGGUCGGACGGUCUGUCAGAUCGUGAUGGUAGCGGUACUUGUCCUCGUCGUGGAUGCUGAUAGUGAAGAAUCAAAGUGUAACAUUGAAAUCAGAGUACUCCGCAACACAGUUUACAACGCCACGGUUGGAGAGGAUCUUAGGAUUAACUGUCCAGUUGUUUUCUGCAACAAUUCACCACCAACUGUCUCCUGGUAUAAAGUAGCAGAAAACAAUCUCUUACUCAACAACAGCAGUAAAAGUCACAUUAAAACGGAGUGGGAGAUGAUAAAGGAGUUGGAGGGGAUAUCAUUUUUGGUCUUCACAAACAUCCUCAUGAAUGACUCUGGUCAGUAUCAGUGUCAUAGUGGAGGAAGCAUAGGUCAUGCCGUCAAAGUCUCCGUCUAUGGGGCUUCCCAGUCCACCACUGUUGCAUAUACAACACUGGAAUCAGAGCAACCAAGAGGUGCGAACAUCAUCUGGUCAUACAUGUACCGCUUUAUCGCACUCAAGGUGUUUGUCAUCAUUCUGCUAGCUAUAUACUUUACAACAAAACGAGGAUGCAAAGGAAAAUCCAGUGACACGCCAAAUCGAAGACACCGGCGUUCCCACAUCAAUUCCUUCACCACUCACAUCUACGAAAAUGACUGUUAGUCCUUAUGUCUGCGCACUGUAACCCACCCGCUUAGCUUGAGUUCUGCAUGUAUUAACAUUUCAAUCAAUGCACGUGUUAAAUGAGCAGGUUUGUCGUUAUUGGUGCUUUGUGUGCUAAUGCAGAAUGCAGAGUGAAAAAUGUAAUGAUCAAAUCAUUUAAAAAAAUAAAUUUCUUCAUGCAUGUGUGUCACAGUUGAUGGUGUGUGGCUUUAAA